UGUAGCUUUGGAGAGGAACCCCAAAAAUAAGUUUGAGAGGCCCAAGAUGGCCUUGGGUUUGGAACAAGAUGUCCUUGGGAUGUCACCUACUUGUUUUUCAACUCAGGUGCUCCUUCCCUUUCCCUGCCCUUUUCGAAGUUUGUAUGUGUCUUCUCAAUUAUUUGGGCAUGUUUUAAACGUGAUGGAUUUUAAUCGGACACAAAACAGUUUUUCUUGUUAGGUUGGUUCCAAAUACAUCCUGAACAUACUUAGGUAGAAAAGAAUAACCUUUUCUAAAUGAGUUGCUUUGUACAAAAUAGCAUUCUAAAUAAAAGUGCUUAAUCAUAGAAUACAACAGCAAUUAUUCUUCUGUUCUUCUGCCAAUCUGUAUUGUAAAGGUUUUUGGUUCUUCUAAGAUUUUGAAUUGGGUAAGUACAGCUGUCCUGGUAUUGUACAGUUACAGCUUUUAAUAAAAUUCAGGUAAAGCUGCCAGUAAUCAUCAGUCAAAACAGCAUGUUGUAAAAUGAGAUUUUUCCACAGUGAAACUGAAAGAAAUCUACGUGACGUUCUCAUUUUGUUGAUGGCUGUUGUUUGUAGUUGAGAAUUAGCUUAAGAAACAAAUCAUAAUUUAGUUACUGAUAGAACAUUUGUAGCUCAGGGUUGAACUGCGGUGCGAGGUCCCUGGUGCUCUCUCAGCUUGAGACAUUAGGUGACCCAACUCGGUAACAUCAUCAGUGCUAGAAAGGAGUGGGCUUCUAGCUUCUAACAUUCAUGAUGUUACCGAGUUGGGUCAUGAAACGUCUACCAGAAAACUACCAAGCUCAAGAGAGCCCCAGGAUGCCAUGUAAUUAGUUCAAUUACUUUUGUGAAGGAGUCGAAGUGGUUUCUCUGUCCAGAUCAAAUAAAGAGGCUUUUUGUUGUAGAGGAUUCUGUGUUUUCUGAUCCAACCCCAACUUUUUUGCAUGCUGGUGAUUUUUAGCCUAUGGAUUUCUGGAGAAAAUGCUUUGGAAUUGUUCUUACCUUAUUGCCAGUCAAUUAACAUUAAGGAAGUAUCUACACUGGUGUUUCUCAACUUUGGCAAAGCUAAGAUAUGCAGGCUUCAACUGCCAGAAUUCACCAAGGCUGGCUGAGGAAUUCUGGGAUUUGAAGUCCACACAUCUUAAAAGGUGCCAGAAUUGAGAAGCACUCAUCUACACAGAUUUUUUUUUAAAAAAAAACAACAAUCUCAAGGCUUGUUGUCUUUUCACAAAGGAAAAUUGAACUUCCUUAGUGCUCUUAUUUCACGGAGACAUUCACUGAAAUGCAAGUUAACUGUGGUUGGUUGAUGGUUGUGCCAAAGGAAUAUAUAUUGGUUCCGUGGAACUGCAUGUGUGAUCUGCUUAUUCUGCAACCAGAGGAAAUGUAUUUCAACAGCAGGCCUGAAGAACUCUCUGCAAUGUUGAAGAACAGCCAGAGAUCCCACAAAAGCGGUGAACAAAAUGAUGAAAACUUUAUUUUGAAACAUGACCGAGCCUUUCUUUUGUCAAUGGCAAACAGAGGGAAACAUACGAAUGGUUCCCAGUUUUUCAUAACUACGAAGCCUGCUCCUCACCUUGAUAGCGUCCAUGUCGUCUUUGGACUCGUUAUUUCUGGUUUUGAAGUCAUAGAACAAAUUGAAAAUCUGAAAACUGAUUCUGCCAGUAGGCCAUAUGCCGACGUGCGCGUCAUUGAUUGUGGGGUGCUGGUUACCAAACCGGCAAAAGAAGUGUUGGAGAAGAAGCGGAAAGCAUGGAGUCAGUCAGAAGCUUCCGAUAGCUCCUCCAGCAGCACUUCCACAUCAUCGGAAUCGUCUUCCGACAGCGAAUAUGAAAAUGAGCGGAGCAGAAGAAGGAAGAGGAAGAGGCGGAACAAGGCUAAGCAGUCUAGGAAACGGAGACGGGAAGAGAGGAAGAAAGAGGAAACAAAAAACAAACACAAGUCAGUCUAUAAAGAGUCUCAAACAUCCAGGUGCGAAGUAACCUCGGUGGCCCUAAAUCGCUCUCUUUCCUCCAGCCACUCGGACCGAAGUGAAACAAACGAAAAAUCAAUAGACUUGAACAUGAAAAGGGAUAAACCUGUCGUCCGUCCAGAAGAAAUCCCUCCUGUGCCGGAAAAUAGAUUUUUGCUAAGAAGAGAUAUGCCCAUUAUAAGUACAGAGCCAGAUCUGAAUAUUGACUCAGGAGCUGUUUUGAGUGACCAGAAGCCUUCGGUGUCAAAAUCUGGAAGAAAAAUCAGAGGGAGAGGCACAAUAAGAUACCAUACGCCGCCUCAUUCUCGUUCAUGCACAGAAUCAGAUAACAAUGGAAGUAGCGAAACACCACCCCACUGGAAAGAGGAAAUGCAGAGAUUGAGAGCUUAUAGGGCCCCCAGUGGAGAAAAGUGGAGUAAAGGAGAUAAGCUGAGCGACCCAGGAAGGUGGGACGAAAGAAGUCUGUCCCCUCGGUCCCGUUCUUGGUCCCACAACGGCUUUUCAGACCUCAGUAGUGCUCAACAUGUCGGCCAUCGUAAAAAACACCGGAAAGAGAAAAAAGCGAAGCACAAGAAGAAAGCUAAAAAGCAAAAACAUUUAAAGAAGCACAAACAGGUGAAGAAGAAACGGUCUCCUUCCACCGAAGUAGAAUCCUCCCCUUCUUCUGCCAGAAGGACAAAAUCGUUGUGUGACCGGGAAAGAGCAUCGCAUUCUUCCUCCUUGACAUCUAAAGACGAUUCUUCUAGAAGAGGCUGGUCCAAAUCCGAGCGAGACAAGCAGAGCUCGGCCUCUUUCUCCAGCAGAGAUUCUCGCUCGUAUUACAAGUCUCGAUCUCGGUCCAGGUCGAGAUCUUAUUCCCGAAGUUCUCAAUCGAGAAACGCUCACGUGUCCUCGCGUUCAAAGAGCAGGUCAAGAUCCAGUUCUGCCUCGAAGCCGGUGAAAGCAGUCCCCAACUCACCCCAAAAUGCGGCAGCUCAUUUAAAGAAGUGUAAGCUGGUCUCCACUGAACCGGUACGAACAGCGUUACCCCAAAAUGAUAAACUCGCUAUUCAGCCCGUGGUUGCCGAAAGCCUCCCAGUUAUCCCACUGAGCGAUAGUCCUCCACCUUCCAGAUGGAAACCGGGGCAAAAACCGUGGAAACCAUCUUACGAGCGUCUCCAGGAAAUGAAAGCCAAGGCCACUCACCUGCCACCUGCUCAAAUGAAUUACAGCUUAAUCGGCAUCCAAGACCCCGGACCUUCCUCUUCCUAUCCUAAGCAGCAAAAGAGCUCAGAGAGCGACCGGAGCCGUUACUCCAAAAUCCAGAGCAACAGAAGCUCAGGUAGCUGGUGGAAAUCUAGAAGCAGGAAUUCACGAAGUCGGUCCUCCUCCAAGUCCUACUCUAGAUCAAGAAGCCGUUCCAGUUUGAGAUCCCGAUCCACCGUGAGAUCCCGCUCAGGGAAUCCGUUCCCCAGCGACCGGUCAUGCUACAGCGGAUCCUCCUCUUACUUUUCCCUCAGCGAAGAUGACCGACAGAAAAGCCGGACCAAGUUGGAAUCCCGCGAGAGAAAUUCCGAGCUAUCCAAGAAAAGGCAGAGCAGUUCGGAGAGCACACUUCCCUACGUGAAAGGCGUGAGCUCGUCGAAGCCUCGAAGCGCAAGCAGAUCGUCCAUCGAUUCCUCGACCGAAAGUGAACAAUUGACUCCAUCCCAGGCCGUUGAAGAAAAAGGAGAAUUAAGGUCUGAAAAAGUGACCCGGAAGCAAAACAAAAGAAGUUUGAGUUGCAAUGAGAGUGAAGAGAAAUCUCGGUCUGGGCAGGACAGCCACCGUUCCAAGCAAAAAGUUUUGAAAGACAAAUCUCAGGCUCUUAGAAGUGGCCGGAAAGCCAAAACGAAAAACUAUAUGAGCGAUGAGUUGCAUUCCGGACCAAAUUCUGAAAUAGAAGAAACCCAAAAUUACAAAGGGAACUUGAGACUCUUGUCUGCAAAAGAGGAAGGCGAGGCCUCAUCGGACUCCGAUACGGAUCCCCACCCAACCGUCAAGUGCAGGUCCAAAUCUGUACCUGACCCAGAUAUGUCAAAAGAGAACAAACAUCCUUCCUCUUCAGAAACCGUGACCUCUGAUUCCGAUGCAGACUCCAGGGACAAAUCCUGGAAGCCAAAGCGAAGUUUCAGAAAACCCUUCCGAAAAGUCCACGCCAAAAAGGCAAAGGAAAAACCCAAAAGCAAAAAAGAGAAGAAACACAAGGCUGAAAAACGAAAAGAGACAUUCCAUUGGCAGCCACCCUUAGAAUUUGGAGAAGAGGAGGAGGAGGAGGAGGAGGAGAAAGUCAGCGUCAGAAAAUGUGGAAUAAAAGAAGUGCAAGAGAAACACGCUAAAAAGGAAACCAAAGAGAAAAAUAAAGAUCCAGAUUCCAAAAGUGAUAAGACGAUGAAAGAACAUGUGAAGGAUGAUCGGAUCUCCCACAAAGAGCCGGUCCUCUCAAAGAGAGGAGGAGAUCAAGCCGCGUCCACUAACCAACUGAAUAAAAGCAGUGAAGAAAAAGUUAUUUCUUCAACUCAUGUUCCAUACCCAAUUAAAAAUACCUCUGUUUCCAAAAGUCCCACGGCAGCUCAGGAGAAAAAUGGAAACGAACAGGUUGCUAUAGAUGAUAUGGAGAUUUGUACUCCAGACCAUAAUUCGCCUGUGAAAGUGCACCUGCAACUUUCUCCAGUGAGCCUAAAGUUAAAUUUCCAAGACAUUAAUAAAGCCAGCACCAGUUCCCAGGCGGCAGUUAGCACUGUAACCCAGAAUGUAAGACAAGCCGUUGACACUAAGGGACGGACUAAUCUCCAAGAAGGCAGUGAAGAACGAGACGGGGAAAAACAGAAAGCUGCCACCAGCAUUGAAACCAUGCUUAAAGUGGAUGUUUCUGAAAAUGCAUCAAGCAGUGUCGGGGACAAGAAGUGGAAACCGUUACAGGGUGCCGGAAAUCUGCAGCUCCCAGCGCCCGCUAGCAAUCUUUUUGAAAUGAAAAACAUGGCUUCCAGCUCCUCUGAUCCCAAACUGCCAGGUUUAAGGAUCGAGAUUAAAAGUAAAAACAAGAUUAGGCCAGGCUCCCUGUUUGAUGAAGUCAGAAAGACAGCACGUUUGAAUCGGAGACCCCGUAACCACGAGAGCUCGAGUGAAGAAGAUUCUCCGACACGAGAGGACAGUCAGUCCAGAAGUCGGAGUUGCUCGCGCAGCAAAUCGGAUGUUAAAUCCAGGCACCGGACAAGAUCACUGUCUUACAGUCAUUCACGAAGUCAGUCGAGGAGCUCCACGUACUCCUAUAGAUACGUUUUUCCUCCCCCACAACCCAUUUCUUACACAGAUCCCGGAGUUACUCAAGAAGCCCAAGCAGAGGGUGGCACAGUGGUGGCCGCUCAAGAAGUCGAAGCAGCUCUUACAACAGUUGCAGAAGUUACAGUCACACUUACAGUCGAAGCCCCUCCAGAAGCAACUCUUACACUCACCGGAGUCGGUCGAGCAGAUCCUACACCUAUGACAGUUACGAUAGCCGGAGUCGCAGCCGUAGCAGAAGUAAAAGAAGUGAUAGUUACCACCGGUCUCGUAGCUACGACCGACGUUCCAGAUCUUACGGGUCCGAGAGCGAAAGUGACCGCAGCUAUUCUAAUUGCCGAAGUCCCAGCGAAAGCAGCAGAUACAGCUGAGAGCUGACGGUUGAUCAUAGCAAUUAUGCAUAACAGAAAGUUUUUUAUGUCCGUAGCUUGGAUCAACGUUUUGUUUCUGUUUUUUUUAAUGUCUAGGUGAAACUAAUUGCUGCCAACAGAAGUGUAGCCUUAUUUAAACUCAGCACAACGUGUUUUUUUUUUGUUUUUUGUACACUCUACUAUGGCAGUCAUUUUGUAUUGCCCAGUUUCAUUUCAAACUAGAUGAUACAGUUGACGUGCAAUCGAAUGGUUCAGUUAAGCCUCUUAAAUUGUUUCUCCGAAGGAAAUUCGCUCGGUAACCAUGAAACUGUGAAGAAUCAUAUUAUAGGAAUCUCAGCUGCGAUCUACCUGCUUCAAACAUUGCCGUUUCAGUGCCGAACUAAUGGUUCGUUGAUAUCUUGACAGGUCAAUAACUUUGAUAGUACAGAUCCAGGAAGAUCCCGGCUACGAGAUCAUUCACUACCAGAGUUAUGAAUUCUGGGAGUUAGAUUCAUCGCUUGUCUGGAAAAUGUCGUGUAUUAUUUGGAUCCCAUGAGUUAAAAGCUGGUUACCAUCCAGUUUCUUGAUCAGUUUUGCCUAAUGCUCCCUUGUAGGCGUUAUCGAGGUGUGGAUAGUGACGCUAGACCACAUUGAGUCUCUGUUCUCUAUCCAUUGAAGAAGCAAGAACAAUGUUCUCCUUGUCUGACAUCAAGCUGUUGCGUUUUUCCCAUGGUCUUCUGAUUCUGGAUUUUUAUCAUGUCUGAAUGUGCUAGCAUUCUCAUUUUCUACUAUCUCUGUCAGAUCUGCAAAGGUGAGCAUCUGCAAAGAUAGCAAGCUGUAAAUUUAUUUCAGGAAGCUAACUUUCAGGAGCAAUUGAAUUUUAUUCUUCGGUUUGAAUUCAGCAGAUAAAAAUCCAUUUUGAAAUGGAAAUGUCGGGAUAUACCCAAAUUUUUGUAUCGGAUAGUUAACUUAAAGAAAAAAAAAAACGGAGGAAAUAACUGUUAUUAUUUAGUGUUCCAGGCAAACGGCAACGCUUUAUCUGUUAAUGCCGGUCCUGAAUUUGUUAAAAUUUCUAUGAUGCCGAAUCGCUGCAUAUUUCGUAACGGGGUGGCAUAGAGCAUUUUUUUGGGGAACGGCUUCAGCGCCCAAAUUUCUGACUUGAGUAUGAGGUGGCCAUUUUGAAUUCAAGAGGGAAUUCAAGAUCCUCCCCUUGUAGAUUCUCAAAGUAGCCCGUUUCGUUUUCAAAAUGGUUUGAAGGAUUUCCUACGCUCCCCGCUUCAUCAAUUUAAAUAAUUUUCUUUUGGUUAGGAACCAAAAUGUAUUAUUGAAAUGAUUUUUUUCCCUCCUUCAAUGCAAUUAAAAAUAGGAAUAUUUAAAUACAA